AUGGCAUCAGCAAAUAAAGCUUCAUUGCCAAAAUCGCUUGAAAUUAAAACGAAAUCGAUUGAAACAACUUUAGUACCACUGGUGACGCAAAUCUCUACCUUAGUCAAUUUUAAAGAACGACCACGAUCGUCGUCGUCAGCUAUCAAUGAGAAGACGUUGCAAGCCAUCAAUCGAGUGGGGGAUGCUGUACACAUGGCUGUGGAACGAUUUGUCUCUGUGGGAGAAUCGAUUGCUAACGAAAAUGCUGAAAUUCGAUCAGAUUUAAUCGAUGCCUGUCAAGAAGCUCGACUAGCUGGUGAUUCCAUUAAAAGGAUAACAUGUGCAGAAUACGAUGCAACCGGCAAACCAAUUUGUGUUACUGAUAGACAAUGCAUGGUACAAGCAGCGCGUGGUUUGCUAAGUGCUGUAACCCGUGUUCUACUACUUGCUGAUAUGAUUGUUGUUAAACAAAUCAUCUCUAUUAAGAAAAAGGUCAUAUCGACUUUAAAUCGAUUAGAAUCAGUCUCGUCAUUCUCUGAGUUUGUUAAACUAUUUGGAGUCUAUGGCAGUCAAAUGGUGGAACUGGCACAUCUAACCGGCGAUCGACAGAAUGAUCUGAAAGACGAACGUCGUCGAUCACAACUUUCCGCUUCGCGAACCAUUCUCGAAAAAUCGACGAUGCUGAUUUUGACUUCGUCGAAGUCGUAUCUUCGUCACAUUGAAUGUGUUCAUUCUCGUCAAUGCCGAGAUCUGGUGUACGAUCAAGUCCGUCGUGCCCUAGAAUUAGUAGGUUUAAUCGUCUAUGAUUCGGGCUCGACAACAGCAACACUAAAUCCGACGCUGAUACUUCAGUUGACGAAAGAUGAGAUUAAUUUCGUUAAAUCACUACGACAAUUUGAAUACGCACUAGAAAUGUUAAAUGUUUCAGUAACAUCUUCAACGAAAGAACAACUCGAAGACUUGUGUAACAAGGCCAUUGAUAAUAGUCAAGAUUUCACCGACUCAGUUUACAUCAGUAUCGAGCAACGAGAAAAAGUUUUAGAUUAUCAUAAAAAGCUACAAGAGCAAUUGGCAGAAAUCAUUACUUUUAUUACUAAUAACAAUGAAAUUGGCUUUACAAUAAAAAGCGAUGUUCUGCCAUUAGCGAUACAAACAAUUCAGCAUAUCGGACAUGACUUUCGAAAAGAUUUGGAACAAAUAGCUAUGCUUCGUGCGUCAGAAUUUUUCCGUACACAUGAUGAAACAGUUUUGUUGAAUGAGCUAAAAACAUUCUCAUUAACCAGUCGAUUCGAUUUCCUACAAGAAGCCAUUGAUCGUUUCCGAGAGCAAGCUGAAAUCGCCAUCGAAUUGAGUAAACUUCUGAAACAUAUCAGUUCCUGUGAUCAACUGCAAGUAUCCAGUGAAUAUCAUGAUAUGUUACUAGAGAAUUUAUCGAAUAUGAUCAUUGCAUCGGCACAAUCAGUGGCGGUACAUCCAACGAGUCGAGUACCGAAGGAAAACCUUGAUGUUCUAUGUCGAUUUUGGGAACAAGAAAUCAAUGAUUUUUCCGUUCUGGUAAAAGAAAUCCAAGAUUACAUUGAAGGUCGCGGCGAAAAGACAGUUUAUUUAUCAUUACCAAGACCCGGUAAACAUGGAACGACAUCGAAAGCCGGUUUCAAACCUACGAAACUUGAUUCCGAAGAGCAAGCUAAAAUAGCCAAAGCAGGUUUAGAAAUGAAAUUGGUCACAUCGGAAAUGGAUGCGGAAGCUGAAAAAUGGGAUGAACCACAAAACGAAAUAGCUAAGCGAGCAAAGAAUAUGUCAUCGAUGGCCUAUUCAAUGUAUCUUUUUACUCGAGGCGAAGGAACUUUACGUACAACACAAGAUUUAUUCACACAAGCUUAUUAUUUUGUUGAGGAAGGAACUCGUCUUUCAGCAAUCAUACAUGAAUUCAUUCAUCAAAUACCUAGUAAGAGUACGCGACAGGAUAUGCUGAUUCAAUUAGAAAGAAUACCUUUAAUGUGCCACCAAUUGAAACUAAAAUUAAAAUCUCCGGUAUCAGGAAAGAGUUCAACAUUUGCAAAAGUUGAUACAGUUAUAUGUGAGGCACGAGAUCUAAUGAAUGCUGUCACUCGCUUAUGCACGAAUGUAUUUGUUUAUCAAGCCAAGUACAACAUUGUAAAUAACCGUACAAUGCCAAGUGCUAAGCAACAUUCGCGGCUACCGUUUGCACCGAGUAGAUGGUAUCGAACGCCAUCCACGGAACGAGACGAUCGUAUGGAAAUAAAAUCUGAUCGUACAAUACGUUCAACAUCUUUACAACGACCAUCAACAUAUUUACCAGCAUUUGAUCAUAUUUGA